AUGUAUUCCAUUGCGCUUAUCAUAUUAACGGGCGCCGAGACCCCCCUGGGGCCUCCGACGUCACCUACAACACGUACACCACGUACACCACGUGAAGCGAAUCAAGUUGCUUCCUAUCACCGUCGAAAGCCCCAUACAUACCCGCUUCCUGUGAAGCGUUGGUGUAAACAGCGCCGUGCGGGGUCAUUUAUAUACCGACAUCGCAGCGUGGGGUUGACUAUUGGCUUUUGA